AUGGAGUUCACUCUAUCAUCAGAGGAUACUUUCAAGUAUGAAUCCAAGUAUUCUGCACAUAAUUACCAUCCAUUACCAGUGGUGUUCCACAAGGCUCAAGGCGCCCAUGUUUGGGAUCCAGAAGGUAGAGAGUACUUGGACUUUCUUUCUGCAUAUUCUGCGGUAAAUCAAGGUCACUGUCAUCCAAAAAUCAUCCGGGCAUUGAUCGAUCAAGCCACUGAAUUGACGCUUUCAUCGCGUGCAUUCUCGAAUGAUGUAUUUGCUCAAUUUGCCAAAUAUAUUACGGAAUAUUUUGAAUAUGAGAUGGUCUUACCCAUGAAUACGGGUGCUGAAGCUGUGGAAACGGCUUUAAAAUUGGCUAGACGGUGGGGUUAUCAAGUGAAAGGAAUUCCGGAAAAUGAAGCCAUCAUACUUGGCGCCCAAGGAAACUUCCAUGGUAGAACGUUUGGUGCCAUCUCACUUUCUACUGAUUUUGAAGAUUCAAAGAAAGAUUUUGGCCCAUUCUUAGCAAAUACUUCAAGCUGCUUACCAGGAACAAAGAAAGAGAUUCGAUAUGGUGUCAUUGAAGAUCUAGAAGAAGCGCUAUCAAUGUACGGCGAGAAGAUUUGCGCUAUCAUAUUAGAACCUAUUCAGGGUGAAGCUGGUAUUGUUGUGCCGCCUAUGGAUUAUUUCCCCAAAGUGAGUGCCCUUUGUAAGAAAUACAAUGUUCUCUUUAUUUGCGAUGAGAUUCAAACUGGUAUUGGAAGAACUGGAAAAUUACUAUGUUGUGACCAUUAUAACGUCAAACCGGAUAUUAUAACUUUAGGUAAAGCGUUAUCAGGUGGAGUUCUACCUGUAUCAUGUGUACUUUCUUCAAGAGAUAUAAUGUUGUGUUUCAGCCCAGGCUCACAUGGUUCCACUUUUGGCGGCAAUCCAUUGGCAUCGAGAGUGGCCAUUGCUGCACUGCAAGUGAUUAAGGAUGAGAACUUAGUUGAAAGAGCAGCCAAGUUAGGACAAAUUCUACAAAACGAACUAUGGAAGUUAAAAGAAGUUUCAGGUGGUGUCAUAUCCGAAGUGAGAGGAAUGGGACUUCUUACAGCAGUAGUUAUCGAUCCAACAAAGACAGGUGGUAAAACUGCGUGGGAUCUAUGUCUUGUAAUGAAGGACUUUGGUGUCUUAGCUAAACCUACUCAUGAUCACAUCAUCAGACUUGCUCCACCUUUAGUCAUAUCUGAAGAUGACCUAAAGAAGGGCAUCCAGGCCAUAGCAAAAAGUUUGCAAAAAUUAAAAGAAAAUGCUUAA